UGGGGACGUCACUUCCUGUAUUUGAUUGACUGACUCGGUGCGUGGGAGGGAGAUUCAGGUUCCAGCGCAGCGCGGAUCACGUUAUUGCGGAGAGUGGAGUUGUACCACGUGGUCAGGUAUUCUGCACUUUAGAGUCGAUGAAUCUCCUCAGCAGCUUCCCGCCUCCCGCUGAUGGGGUUCGACGUUUGCAGCCAGGGACUGAGGCUGUGGUGGGCGGCAGAGGUCUCGGCCCUGGAACCCUUUAUAUUGCAGAGAGUCGCCUGUCAUGGCUGAACGGUUCCGGCCUUGGUUUCUCAUUAGAAUAUCCAUCAAUCAGUCUCCAUGCAAUCUCCAGGGACACGGCUGCUUAUCCUGAGGAGCAUCUCUACGUCAUGGUGAACUCCAAGCUCGCAGACAAAGAAGACAAGGAAGCUCAUAUGGCUGAUCAGGAGGAAGAAGAGAGUGAGGAUGAUGACGAUGAUGAAGAACCUAUUACAGAAAUACGUUUUGUUCCUGGAGAGAAAUCUGAUUUAGGAGAGAUGUUUUCAGCCAUGUGUGAUUGUCAGGCCCUCCAUCCUGACCCAGAAGACGCAGACUCUGACGAUGACUAUGAAGGAGACGAGUAUGAUGUUGAAGCUCAUGAAGGCCAGGCCACACUGGAGAGGUUAGAAAACAUGUUGUCCAACUCUAUUGGCAACCAGCACACCAUGGCUGGAGUACGGACAGAAGGACCUGCACUAGAGCCUGAAGAUGGAAUGGAUGUAGAAAACACACAAACAGUGGCUGGCCAAUUUGAAGAUGCAGAUGUUGACCACUGACCCAUGACUACAGAAAGGUCUCAUUUCCACAUCAAGACUUGACCGACUUACUGAUAAUUCCAAGUUCAGAUCUGUAAGGACUUGGACUGUGUGAUAUCUGCCAAUAACAGCCCCAGUUCAUUUUUCCUUAGACCAUUUAAAAAAAAUAAUGCUUCAAUUUGUUGUGCUAACGCUUUACUGAUUUACUAGCCAUUUUGUUUGCGUUAAAGGCACUUACAUUCACUGUGGGCAAUUUCACGUGGAUUCAUUAACUUAAGCACUUGGCCGUGAAGUAUUUGUAACCGUUCUUAUUUUGUUAAAAUAAAUCUAGAUUUUUGUA